UAUAAAGCAUGAAAUUACCUGAGAAAUAACUAAACUCGGUAGUCAAAAUGUCAUUUGGUUUUGGUGUGGGCGAUUUUAUCGCUGGUGCGAACCUUGCACACAAACUCAUACGAGUAAUGACAGAGACACGAGGCGCAAGUGCAGAGUUCCAAGAAGCCCUAGCAGAAGUCUGUGGAAUACAACAAAUACUAAUACAGCUUACUCAAUUAUGCCGCAGCGAAGUCUUACCCCGAGCUACACUCAAUUCGAUAGCUCAGAUCGUCAUGCCCUCCAUGACAACGAUAGCGGACUUUCUUGAUCGAACCAAGCAUUACCAAGAAAAAUUGUCGCCUCGUGGUGGUUUAUCAGGUAGCUGGUGUAAGAUGGGAUGGGCGCUUUUCAGGAAGGAUGAAUUAAAGCUUCUACGUGAUACACUGCAUUCUCGGCUUUCAUCCAUCAACACGUUACUAGCCGCAGCAAACCAUCUUCCUUCACCGGCCGGGAAUAUUGGGCAAUAUCAAGUUCAAGAAGAAGACCAGGAAAGCAAACUGGAGGUUAAGGACUACCCCAAUCACUCCAGCGCAAAUUAUACGGAGUAUGUGAACAUGCAGGAAAACAUAUCUGACUUAUACGAGCAAAAGCGGACCGCAGUUCAAUCUCUGGUUCGCAAUUCUGAUGACGAAGGGAACAAACUCGAGAUAAAUGUUCAAACGCUCCCUUCUAGUGGAAUGGAAUGGCUGGAAGGAAUCGAAGACACUAGCCUAGACAUACAAACCCCAAGUGAAGCGAUCAACUUGGUGAAUGGUGUUGUUGGCUCUCCUGGGAGGAUAGAGGGAUUGAAUGCACCUCUGAAACCAACCCCAAAACGACCAAGCCGGCAAGAAGUAUCGUUUGCAACACGUAAUAACGGCAACGUCCAAUCUUCGAUAACAUCACAGACUCCCCAGGGGUUAAAAGAACAUAACCCCACCACUGGAGAUCUUGGAUCAUAUCUCCAAAUGCUUUUCGAAAAAGCAUUAGUCGUCCAGGCAGAGGCAGAAGCGAAAGCUGCGGCAGAAAUGAAAGCUGCUGAAGACGCCGAGUGGAAGCAACGAAUGGAAGAAGUAAUCCGGAUCCAAGCUGAGAUUGAUAUUAGAAAGAAGCUUGAUAGUUCAAGGAUUGAGGCUGAGAACAAGGCGUGCAUUAGAUUUAAGGAUGCCGUGGGAAGGAAAUUCAAUUUUCCUUAUGACAUAUGCAGUACAUGGCAGGGGAUGGAGGAACUUAUUAAACAUGCAUUCAUGCAUGUAAAUGAAAUUGGCCCUCACGUCCAGGCAGGCCAUUAUGACCUGGAGGGCCCCAGCGGUGAGAUAAUCCUACCCCAGGCAUGGUCGAAGGCUAUCCAGCCUGACUGGGCUAUAACAAUGAAAAUGUGGCCUAUGAAUAAACCAUCGGGUCCACCCUUACGCCCAUUUCAAGGUAUGCCUACAGGACUACAUCUAGGUAUGCCUCGUACAGGACCAAACCAGGGUAUGGGUCUUGCAGUGCCACGUCCAGGUGUAGGCCGUGGAAUCCCCCAAGUCGUACAAGUAAUUCCAACAUCAAAUAUGCGUCCAGGUGGUCGCGUGGGUAUACGCCCAAGAAAGAUAUAUGAGUUACCAAGUUCCGACGAUGACACUGAGAGCGAAGAUGACAAGAAAUUCUCUUUCAAGACAUAUCUUGGUAGAAAGUUGAAGCGAAUUCGUGGGAAGAAAUCUUCUAAAGGCUCUGACGAAUCCUCAAGCGGCAGCGAUGACUAGGUACCGUAGGUAAUUAUCGCUAAAGGGACUAAUAUCUGUGCACAUGUCCCUUUACUCGCUACCUACCUAUUUUUGUCAACCGGGCAGCUGUCUACCUAGUACAUACCUAGGUACUUUACAUCCUCUAUACCUAUCUAUAGAUACGUUUAGAGUUUAGCAUAGGUACUAGGUAGUUAGAGAAUUUACAUUAUGUUUCUAGGAUA